AUGGAAGGGGAUGGAGCUAGAAAAGGUUAUGACCGGAUUGAAGGACUUAAGAAACCUAGGGGUUUUGGUGUGUUAAGGGAAAUAAAUGAGGUAAAGCGAUUAGAGUCGCGAGCUAGAAGGAUUAGAGAAGGGGAAAUUUUAGGGUUCUUGGAGUAA